AUGGACACAAGGCAGCUGAGCCAGCCCUCUACCCGCACCACGGACGAGCCCGGUCAUGGGUCCCAGCGCGCGCUCGCGCCGCGGCUGCUGGCCGGCGGCGACUCUGGCGACGACAGCGGCGACGAUGCCGGCGCCCCAAGCAGCGGCGCUGCGGCGCGUGCUCGGUUCUUGAGGCUGGCGCAGCUCGCGGAGCGCCAGCUCGAGCGCUUUGACAUCCGCACCGACGUCCCCCGCGCGCCCAACGUGGCGGGCCGCUGGCGCGUCCUGAAGCACGGUGGCGGCAGCGGCGGCGGCGCGGGGCUGUCGCUGACGGCGCAGGCGAUCGCGGCGGAGCGCGCGGGGCGGCGGCCGCGGCAGGAGGCGCCCCCCGAGCCGCCCGCUGUGCUGCUGGAAAUCCCCGCGCGCCCCUCCUCCGCCGCCGCCGCGCCCGCCGCGCCCGGCGCGCCGCCCGUCACGGGCCCUCCGCCGCCCGUGGACGACGCGCGGUGGGCGCGGAAGCUGCGGGGGCAGGAGGCGUUUGCAGAGUACAUGCGGGAGGUGCGGGCCGUGGCCGUGGCCCCUGGGGAGCGCACGCGGCAGCUGAUCUACCAGAUCGGCAUUGCAGAGGACUGGGUGCAGCUGUCCAUGAUCCUGGAGGUCUUUGGGGACGAGGCCGGCGCCGUGACCACCGCGGCCCUGUUGAAGCGCCUGGCAGUCCUGUGCACCGCCAAGGCUCUCACCCUCCAGUCCCCCAGCGAGCGGCGCCACUACUCAGAGUUCCUCUCGCACCUCUGCCUGCACGCGCGCGGCCUCGCUGGCGGCUGCGGGCCGGCGCAGGCCGCCUCGGUCCUCUUCGGCAUGGCGGCCCUGCAGGUGGAUGACGCGGCGCUCUGCCACGCGCUGAUGGACGGCGCCGCGCCCCACCUCGCGCGCGGCGCCGCCGCCGCGCGCGCCGACGCCGCAGCGGGCGGCGCGGGGGCUGAGGAGGGCGUGCUGGGCGCGGCGGAGGCGGCGAGCCUGCUGUGGGGGCUGGGGACGCUGGGCCACCGGCCGGCGGAUGAGUCGUGGCUCGACGACCUCGCGGCGUGCUGCUUCCCCCUACUGCCAGAGAUGCAGCCCAACCAGCUCUGGGGGGUCCUCUGGGGCUUCGCCCGCCUGCGCCACCUGCCCGAUGACGCGUGGAUGGCGUCCUGGCUCGCCCGCGCCAGGGAGGCGCUGCCGGACUGCACCGCGGACGCGCUCGGCCACAUGGCCUGGUCCCUGGGCGCGCUGCAGUACGUGCCCCCGAAGCUCUGGCUGCGCGCGCUGGCCGGCGCCGCGUCGUUCAAGGCGCGCUCCUUCCUCGCGCCGCAGCUGGCGCAGCUGCUGUCGGGCCUGGCGGCGCUCGGCUACUGCCCGCGGCCGCAGGUCUGCGCGGCGCUCACGGCGCAGCUGCGGCGGCAGCUGCACGUGCUGCGGCCGGCGCAGCUCGCGGCGGUGCUGCACGCGUUUGGCAGCUACGGGGGCAAGUGGAAGCCGGGGAGGCGGUUCCUGUACGACUUCAUCACCAAUUCAAACGCUAAGGUCCAGAGCUGGACGGGGCAGGAGGCUGCCAACGUCCUGUGGUCGUUCGCGUCCCUCAACUAUGUGCCAGAGGAGCCCUACACCUCAGCCGUGGCCGCCCACUUUGCGUCAAAGCUGCCCUCCUGCAGCGCGGACGCGCUCUCCCAGGCCCUCUGGGCCCUCGCGCGCCUGAAGCGCCCCCGGCCCGACGCCGCCUGGCUCGCGGACUGGCUCGCCGCGGCGGAGCCACAGGUGCCACGCCUCUCGCCGCCGGCGCUGGCCGGCGCCGUGUGGGCGCUGGCGGAGCUGGGGGCCGCGCCGGGGGCGGGCUUCAUGACGGCGCUCACGCGGCGCGCGAGCGAGGUUCUGGGGUCGGCGACGGCGGCGGAGAUGACCACCCUGAUCGGGGCGCUGGCCGACCUCAAGUGGCGGCCCAGUGACGACUGGCUGGCGGCCUUCCUGCGCCAGGUGGACGAGCAGCUGCCCGCCUUUGAGAACGAGGACUGGGGGCUGCUGCUCUACGGCCUCGCGUCCAUGGGGCAGCCCCUCGCGCCGGCCUUCCUCGGCCACCUGACGGCCACCGCCGGCCGCCGCCUGCACGGACUCAGCGGCGAGGCGCUCGGGCUGUUGGCCUGGGGCCUCGCGCAGUACGGCGGGCCGCUGCCCCUGGUGCUCGACGCCGCCGCCGGCGGGGGCGGCGCUGCGGCGAGCGGGGGCGGCGGCGCGGGCGCCCGUGCGAUGCCGAGGUCGCAGGCGGAGGCGGCGGCGCGGCGGCGGCGGGAGCGGUUGAACGCAUGGUGGGGCACGUUCUUUGCAGAGUGCGAUUUGAAGUGGGAGUCUACGGGCCCGCGGGGUGGGGCGCUGAUGCUGGUGGGCCUGGGCACCUUGGAAGAGGCCGGGCAGCUGCCGCUCCCGCCGGGAGAGUGGCAGUCGGGCAUGCUGGGCGCGCUGCGCGCCGCGUUCGGCAAGCCCGCCAGCUGGCGGGGGCUGCUGCGCGUGCUGCGGCGGGCGGCGGGCAUGGGGCCGGACGAGCCGUUGCCGGGAAGGAGCCUUUGGUUCUGUGGCAUGCUGCUCGACUGGGGCCGGCGCUGCGGCCUUGAGCCGCCGCCUCAAGGGAUGGGGCGGCUUGUGGCAGAUGAGGAUGCCUGGGUGGCGGCUGCGGCGGCAGAGGCGGAGGUGGAGGCGGCGGCUGCUGCAGCGGCGGCGGCGGCGAGCGUGCGCGGCCCUAGCACAGGCCACGAGGAUGCACAGGCACAGCUGCGCUGGCAGCAGGGGGGCGCCGUGCUGCCUGCAGGGUGA